AUUACCUGCUAUGCUGUGGCCUGCACAGAAACUGCAAGAAUUGCACAACUUGUGGCUCGUCAGAGGAGUUCUAAAAGGAAAACCGGGAGGCAAGUUAAUUGUCAGAUGAGAGUAAAGAAAACCAUGCCAUUUUUUCUAGAAGGAAAACCAAAAGCAACCCUCAGACAACCAGGAUUUUCUUCGGAUUUUUCUCUCAGCAAAAAACCUAACCCAACACUGUUAAGAGACAAAGGAAACUCUCUUGGAGUUAAGUAUGAUGCUGAAAUGCCACCAUACAUAUUACAUACAACUGUUGGGAGUGAAAUAUUCAAAGAUGUUCCAGUGCAGAGGCAUAUGGCCAUGCCUACCAGCAACAGGUUUAGUCCAAAGGCAUCUCUUCCACCAUCCUUUCAGAUGCAUCCUUCAAGAACCUGUGCUAAGGAAAUGAGUGACAAUUUAAAUCAGUCUGUUGAAAAACUGAAUGCCACGCCUCCUGCCUCUUAUGCUUACAAAAUGGAUGAGGUUCAAAACCGCAUAAAGGAAAUACUACAGAAGCAUAACAAUGGCAUUUGGAUAUCUAAGCUUCCACAUUUUUACAAAGAUUUAUAUAAAGAAGAACUUAAUCAAGGAAUUUUACAGCAAUUUGAGCAUUGGCCUCAUAUUUGCACGGUAGAAAAACCUUGUGCUGGUGGUCAAGAUUUACUUCUUUAUCCAGCUAAGAGAAAGCAGCCUUUGAGAAGUGAACAGGACGCUGGAAAAGUGCCUCCAUCCCAACUACCUCCUCCAAAACAAACACCACCAUUGAAAGGGUGCCCAGCAACUAUGCCAGCAGACUUCAAAGAGAAAGUUGCGGAUCUGCUGGUGAAGUACUCAAGUGGUCUUUGGGCCAGUGCCCUCCCCAAAGCAUUUGAGGACACAUACAAAGUGAAAAUUCCCGAGAAUGCCUUAAAAAAUCUUGCCUUCCUUUCUGAUGUAUGCACCAUAGACUACAUUUCUGGAAAUCCCCAGAAGGCCAUUCUCUAUGCUAAACUUCCAUUGCCCGCUGACAAAAUCCUGAAGGAUGCAGGGCAUGCACAUGGUGAUUAUGAUAUCAAGACUAUGAUUGAACAAGAAUAUCUUCAAAUAGAGGAAAACAUGGCCAAAAGUGAUAAUGCCCCUUUGGAGAAUGUAACAGUCCCUCCGUUAGUCAUUCCAACUGAGGCAUCCCCAUCUGUGUUGGUGGUUGAACUGAGCAACACAAAUGAAGUGGUUGUCAGGUAUGUGGGCAAAGACUAUUCUGCCGCUCAGGAAUUAAUGGAAGAUGAGAUGAAGGAGUAUUACAGUAAGAACCCUAAAGUCAUGCCCAUCCAAACUGUGCACAUUGGGCAGUUGCUGGCCGUAAAUGCUGAGGAGGAUGCUUGGCUUCGGGCACAGAUUAUCUCAACAGAAGAGAACAAAAUAAAGGUAUGCUACGUUGACUAUGGUUUUAGUGAAAAUGUUGAAAAGAGCAAAGCAUACAAAUUGAACCCAAAGUUCUGUUCACUCUCAUUCCAAGCUACAAAGUGUAAGCUAGCAGGGUUGGAAGUUCUAAGUGAUGAUCCUGAUUUAGUGAAGGUGGUUGAGUCUUUAACUUGUGGGAAGAUCUUUGCAGUGGAAAUACUCGAAAAAGCUGAUAUUCCACUUGUUGUUCUGUAUGAUACCUCAGGAGAAGAUGAUAUAAAUAUCAAUGCCACCUGCUUAAAGGCCAUAUGUGACAAGUCACUAAAGGUUCACCUUCAGGUUGAUGCCAUGUACACAAAUGUCAGAGUGACUAAUAUUUGUUCUGAUGGCACACUCUACUGCCAGGUGCCUGGUAAGGGUCUGAACAAGCUCAAUGACCUUCUGCAUAAGAUAGAGGACUACUUACAUUGUAAGCACAUGACCUCCGAGUACUUCAUUUCAGUGCCCUUCUGUGGGAAAAUCUGCCUCUUCCAGUGCAAAGGAAAAUGGUUACGAGUAGAGAUCACAAACAUUCACAGCAGCCGGACUCUUGAUGUUCAAUUCCUGGACUCUGGUGCUGUGUCAUCUGUAAAAGUGUCUGAGCUCAGGGAAAUUCCCCCUCGAUUUCCAGAAAUGAUUGUGAUUCCACCUCAG